GGCCCCGCCCGCGGCGCUCCGCUCCGCUCCGACCCGCGGGGUCCCGGCGCCAGGUGAGGGGCGGGGAGAGCCGCGCCGCGGGCCGGGCGCGCCCGGAGGGGAGAGGCGAAGGGCGGGCGGCGCGGCACAGCGGGCGGGAAGAGCCGGAGCUCGGGCGGCCGUGACAGCGCAGCGCGGGCCCCGCUGUGACCUUUCGGCCGCGCGCUGCCGGCGCCGGGCGGCGGAGCGGGGCUGAGCGCUGCGGUUCGGGGCGGUGCGGGCAGCUCCCGCCGCGCCGCGAGGUUGAGGCGGGAGAGAGCCGGCGGGACUCGGGCCCGCUUUCCCCCCCCCCCCCCCCCCCUUUCCUUCCCCUCCCGGCAGCAUUGUCCUUUAGGGGCCUAUUGAAGGCAAAAGGCGGACAGAAAGGCUCGGGCUGCCGCCGGCGGGGGGCGGGGCUCGGCUGACGGCGGAGUGACGGCAGCCGCGUCCUAUGGCCGCGCGGGGCGGGCCCGGCAGGGCCGCAGCCGCUGGCGGGCGGCGGGCGGGGCGGGGGCCAAGGUUUGCCGAAGGUUACGGCUGAAUGCAGAGGCGGCGCGGCCGAGCCCCGUAGCCGCCGGAGCGGAGCCGGCUUCCCAGGGGUUCGCUGGGCGAAGCGCGGCUGAGCGCGGCCGUCCUCCGAAACUUUGAGAGAAGUGGGAGUGCGGCGCGCUCCCCCGUUUUGUCUUUGUUUUAAUCGCUCGUUGCGGUACCUGGCGCUCAUCUGAAGGGUGAGGACGGUGCGGUUUGUCCUCUUAGGAGAAGGCAUUCCUGCGUUCCCGUGCUUUUUGUGUGUCGGGUUGUAGCUGAUAGGACUGGCCCCGAGGACACUGCGGUGCGAGCAGCAGGUUUUCCUGCCAGCCCUUCGAAGUGCCGUGCUUCAUGUCCUUCUUUCGCACGCACGACUUCAGUAUCGCUGUGAUGAAGAGGAGAUUGCAGAUGAAAUUGGGUGUCCCAGCUGUCAGAAGUGAGCUCGCGGUGAUUCAGUGGAUAAUUACAUGAAGCAAACUAUUUCACCGCAGCACCCGAACCCGAGCAGUGCAGGCUGUUUGUGGUCCCUGCCCAUCUGAAAUGGCCUCUCUUUAUUUUAUUGCUGAAGACAAAAAUAUGCCGUAUAAAAGCAAAUGACAUGUAACUUGAUCGUUACUUGACGUGUAACUCUACGGAUUUGAUUUUGUGCUAAUCCUCCAUCUGCUGCUCCUUGUCAGUAUGGAUGUGCUAAAAUGGUCGUGUACAACCCUUCCCUUGCAAUUAAUAAAGUAUGUUGCGUAUGUAUCAAAAUCCCCAAUCUCCAGCAUAGAGAUGUAAGAGAGGAAGUAGGUAACGUGAAUGAAGACCAGCAGUACCUUGUGCAUUUGUAAUGUCCUUCACGUUCCAAGAAUUUUAGGGGAAAUCCUGCUUUGAACUCUCAAUGGAAAACCUCAGCAGUUGCUGUCCCUGCCACGUUGUGUGUAGCAGGUGUUCCCAUGCUGACAGCAAUGGAACUUAAUCUCAGUUUGUCUGUUUUGUGCACCAUUGGAGGUAAUGAUUCUUCCAGACUGCAGGUUCUGCAGAUUGGCAUUAGCUACACGACCCCAUAGCCCUUCUGCUCAUCGGCAGGUGAAUCAGAAGGAAGGGGAGAACAGAUUGAUAUGUGACCCCAGAGGAAAGAUAGGAGGCCUUGAACAUCUGUUACCUUAAUAUGCUGAUUCCAUAGCCUGCACUCCCCACUGCUUUUCCUCUUGUUGCUAUUCAUUGCUUUUCCGAGUAAGAGAAAUUCCAUAGGAGUAAAAUGAUGUCAGCAUUUUCCUUUGCUGCUUUGCUGUGCAUCCUAGCAGGAAGAGGGACAGAGUGGGAUCUGGGUACUGCUUAUAACUUAGUGUCAGCUUCCCUGCUUGUCCUUCCUGAGCACCUUGUUUUUAGGUGAAUGGGGGUGGGAAGGAAGCCAAGAGGUUGGUUUUAUAAUGGGUGCUGGUGAAUCUUCUGUGAAAUUUUACUGAUUUUUAGGAAUAGUACCACAGAGCCCCAAUAGGAUUCCUAGCUAUUUAGUUCAAACUGAGCAAAAUCAUCUCCCACUUUGGACUCUGCUUAAAGAAGCAUACAAAAACGCAUAAUGAUGAGUAUUGAAAGUGGUAUAUGUUAAAUAUUGCCUCUAAACCCAUCUAAAUGGUAAUAUAUUCAAAUAUAUAAUUCCGGGCCUUUCUGUAGAUGGUGUGAGAAAAAGACCCCCAUUUCCAUUUAUUCCUUUGUAGCUUGCUGCUUUUUUUUUUUUAUUUUGCCUUUUUUCCAUCAGACAUACAUUGAUAGCACAUCUUUCAUACUUGUCUGAUGGAAUGCUAACUUGAAGCCCCUAAAAUUAUGCAAUGGUAAUAACAACUAAUGGCCAAUAGUAGGUAAUAACUUAUUAAUGUGAGGUGGUGAGUAAUAACGUAUGGUGAAGCAGAGUGUGAUGAGGGCAGCAGCACUUGGAAUUCCUGUAGGCUGAGAGGUAGCAGGGACUGUUGCAGUCAUCUGCACUGCUGGGGGGGGCUUGGAACACUAAUGGGAUCCUGGGAGCUCUUUCAUAUGCUCUUUUUAUUGGGAUUGUGUCUUCUUUGUUGUGGGACAGAGAUUGGAGUCGUACAGUUCAGCUCAGGAGCAGUGCCAGGCUCAUUGGUUGUUUGUGAACAUUGGGAUAGAAAUUGUCUUGUAGUUGUUUGUCCAAGAUAUUUUCUCAGCAAUUUCGUGAUGCAAAAUAAACACGUUCAAAUGAAUGUUAGAAUGCUCAGUUGCACUUAAGUAUAUAGUUAAAGAGAAAAUUGGCUACUGUGAGGGAAAAGUGUGUUUUCUAAUUUGGAAGUCAUUUACCAACCUCUCGUUAGGCAGAAAUAUCAGGUAACUGUGGGACUUGUGGAGUGUUUACUAGGAAGAGAUCUAUACCGGCAGUUACCUCUUCUGGUACUGGAUGGGCUGUGGUACUUUCCCAGCUGCUGGUUGGGCACGUUUGUAGUGGAUGCUGAGUGACGGAAUGUGUGUUUUAUCAUCAGGCUUUUUUCAGUGGCUUUCAGUGGAAAGGUUCUCCUUUCACAAAGUUCUCACUAAAAGCUCCUUCUCUAGCUGUAUUGUAACUUACAAAAGCAUUGUAGUUUUUGAUCUGCUAUUUCCUUUAUAACUUCACGUGCAGUUAUCUGGGCUUAAUGACAGGAGUGUUCUUAUUCUGCAUGGAUUCUGCUCAUAACUCAGCUGCUGCAUGGCUGCUUUGGCACCUGUCCUUCCAGGAGUUCUCCUCCUCAGUCAAUAGUGUGGGAAUUUACAUUUGAAUUCAGUUUUUAAAAUUUCCUUUUUUUUUUGCCGUUGAAUGUAAAGGCAUUUAAAUUCGUUUUACUGUUGUGAUACUGUAUGUGGUAGGUUAAUUAUGUAAGCGUACUCUGUAUGCAGACUCACUGUAAUAAAUGUAAUUUUCAGUGUAAUUUGGAAAUGAUUGCAUUGCUCAUUCCAGUGAUGUACUGGCGUGAGGAGGGAGUUUCAAAUCCACAGUCGAUGCCAACUUUGCUCAUGUCUGUAACUUUUUGGGCCUUAUUCUAGAGAGGAUCACAGGUGGAAAAUUUGUACUCUAAAGAAAAAUAAAAUCCUCCUCCCCCCCCAACACCUUAUAAAUUGUAAUGGGGAUAAGAUGUGAAUGUUGUUUUAUGUGAAAGGAGCAAAGGAAGGUGGUCCAGCAGCUGAGCCCUGGGCUGAGUCUGAAGAGACCCGCCUGCUCUGUCAGCUGCGUCACGGCGUGGAUGGAAGCACAGCGUGCCGUUUGGCUGUGCGGUUAUGCUAUUCAUAUAUGAUUAAACUGCGUGUGGGUUGUUUUGGUGGUGGUUUUUGAGAUUUGGUUAGAGCAGCGAGCUUGGUUGCAGAAGAAUUCCAAAGAGAACUGUAGUUGUGUUGCAGGAAAGAUUUUGUGUCCUGUUAAAGGAAGUCUGGAGAUAAGAGUGAGAGAUCAGGGGCUCGCUGAAGGCAGGGGAAAUAAAGCACGCUUUCAUAAAACUCUGUCGUUUUAGCAUCAGAACAGCAGAGCUCAGCUGCAAGAUACACACUGUAGGGUUAUUCCAGGUAAUGUUAGCACAGCCAAGAUUUGGAUCGAGAUAAUCUUUAACAGCAAAGUGGAGAAACAUACCAAAACAUACACAGAGUGAUUAAAGACUUUUUUUUUGAUGUGUCACAUAUGCUUUUUAAGAACAUAGUUUUGUUAGCCUAAAGGGAAGAGGCUGCUGGAAGCAUUGCUAAUGAAGAAAUGGGUAGUGCAUGUUGCUGCUACUGAGUGAGUAAUUAAUUCUCACUAAAUCCUUGUGACACCGCAGUGAGUUAUUACAAACUUGAAACAAACGUGAGGGCUCCGGCUGAGUGGGAGCACAGCGCUGUGUGCUGAGCUGGGGGAGCUGGAGGAUGUUGGCAGGAAUGGGGCGGGCUUCCAGCGACUUGUCUGACUGCUAGCUUUGCUGAGGAAGCUGAAGGAAUGACUUGUGCUUUUUCAUGGUAUUUUAGUUCAGCUGCCUGAAGAUUUUGAGCUAGCGACUGUUACUAAUUAGCUAAAGGUUGCUGUUCAGUUACUUCCUAUUCUCCUGCCUCUGUCUUCUGGGUUAGAAGUUCACUGCCGUGUAGUUGCGUUGAGCAGUGAAGCACAGCUCACUGCAGGAGUUCUGGGUUUUGUUUUGUCAGAGUUUCCAUAACCGCUUUACUGGGAGUCAUGUUGAGUUGUGUGGGGUCGCACAGGAGUUGUGAAGUGAUUCUGUAAGUCUAGCUAUUAGUUUAUUAUCUUUUCAUAUUUAUGAAGCUCUGUUUCUUCUUACCAGCUUCUUUGAACAGCAUAUCUUAUCAGCUGGAGAGAAACCUCAGAGUUCCAGUUUUCAGCAACUUCGUUCUUGAGUUGUGAAGGAAAUAACUUGGGUAACAGUCCCAUAACUUCCUGGAAGAGAAGUAGCGUAGUGCUGACCUGCUCUUUUUGUGAGAGUUCUUCUGCAGUGAUAGUUGAACACCUGGCAUCUUAGUCAGUUCGAUCUCCAGCUAUCAUUUGAAGUAGCAAAUACCUGAUUUCUAAAAGCGAUAUUAACCUGUCCUAUCCGCUUAGUUUGUACGCUUUUAUUUUCAAUAAUAAUUUUCAUUUAAUGAAGAGAUACUGAAAAGACUGUGUGGUCAUACAAAUCUGUUUGUCUUUUAAACCCUUCAUGGGGCUAUUUUUAAGCUUUUCAAAAGGGUAGCAACUGACCAUUUGAGUCACAGGCCCACUAUAGAAAACCUCAGCCAAAUACAGAAAACUUCAAUACGAAGCAUUCAGGGAAGAGCCACAUACAUGUUAAUGAAAUAGAAUGUAUAGUGUGGCCAUUUACUGCGGAGGAAUUUAUAUAUAGCCAAAUGAUUAACUUUAAAAGUAUAAAUAGCUGGAGAAAUGCCUUUACCUUUAAAUGGACAGUAAUUAUUGCAUGUCUGGAAUACAGAAUUAAUUCUCCUUUCCACUCCUGAGCUGAAAGAUGCAAAGUAUGCCCAAGAAUAAAUUUUGUAUUAGUUGAAUUAAAUGCUGUACAGUUGCACAAAUAGUGGCUGCGGGCUACUUAAUGCCGCAGUGGUGUUCUGACUGAUGGGAAGGGCAACUUAGUGUUUUAUCCUGGUGAUCCCUUUAGCUGCCAGUGCUGCAGGAGGCAGGGAGCGCCUGUCCGUGCUGGCACUGAGGCUGUUACACUGCAGGUAAGGCUGUUUCAGGGCUUGGUGCUUAGACCUGCAAGCCGUUACCCUGCUCUUUGGAGGGGGGGGGGGCGAGCUGCCCACAGAGGGUGUGGAGUCUCCUUCUCUAGAGAUAUUCAAAACCCACCUGGAUGCUUUCCUUGUACUGAAGGGACCCUGCUUGUCAGGGGCAUUGGACUAGAUGAUCUCCAGAGGCUCCUUCCAACCCCUACAGUCUGUCGUUCUGCGGGGAGAGUGCUGACAAGGAGCUGUUGUAACAGAGAGCUCAAGCUGCUCCAGAAGUUGGGCAAAUGCAAGGCAUCAGGAAGGCAGGAAGCAGAGUGAUCCAACAGUAGAUCCUCUAUCUGAUCUUGCCCCUAUUUGACUGUGUCCUCCCUCUUUAAAUUUUAAAGCCCUGCCUGUGUUUUAGCUGGGAGAAAAAUUAGUAAAUCUACUGGGAUGCAAGUAGCUUGAAGAUACCAUAUACCACAAGUCCUGAAGAUAAAUGUCCCAGUGAGCUUAGAGCAUGUGUGUUCUUUGUGAUCUUUGCUAUGUUUGGUUUUUAUUAAUGUCUUCUGUUCUCUUUUCCUAAGAAAGAGUUGCUGAAGAAUGGUGAUUGAUGGUAAUCAAUGGCAUGCCGUCUGUUGCUUUUGUGUGUGUAUGUAGGAAAGGAUACAGCUUCUGAUAAAUUGUCUCUGUAAAAAAUCCUCAUGGGACUGAAUAAAAACGAUGGAUGAGGUCUCUGUGAAGUUAGAGCCAGAGAGGGCUCUCACAGCUCCUCUCAGGCCCCCUAGCGAUCCAUCCAAGUAUUCCCUUUGUGUAACGGGUGUGAGAGGGCGAGAUGUUCAUUGCUGACUUAGCUCUGGUAUGCUGAUAGGAUCUGCAGCUUCAGAUUGAAACACUUAAAUCAUACUGACAUCUUCAUUGGCAGAAAGAAAUGAAACAGAACAGUCUGAAACUUGAUGGUGGUGUGAUACCAAAAUUAUAGCGAUGUCUGGGGAGUUACUGUGAAGUAUGACUUGAGGCACUGUCUGCUUUUUGGAGGCAUACUUUUAUACCUUCUUCUGAAUUAGCACCCAGUGUUUCUCUUGGAUUUGCCACGCUUGGCUGAUCCACAGUGUUCCAGGCCAGUAGUAGUGCAGCACUUCCCUCUGCGUCAUCAGGACGUACAGCAAACCAGAAUUUGUUGUCUCCAGGCUGCUGUUGCUCUGAUCUGCUUGUUUUAAAGCCAAGUCUGCUGAGUUACGAUGACAUUUCCUCUCCUACACCUGCUGUGGAGACUUUGGGACAACAAAAAUUGGUGGCUUAUUUGCAUUUGUUGAAGACUGACCCACCAAAAGUGACUUUUCCAUUUAGAACAAACUGAUUCUUAAGUUCACUUUUAAUGUGGAAAAUAGUUUAAUUCCUUCCUCUGCCGUCAGACACUGAGUUGUAUUUCAGAGCUUAUUAAAAAUUCUGAUUUCUGAGUUAGGUGAUGUGUGCACGUUUUGCUGUUUUUCUGUUAGGAUUUUAAAACUCUUGUAGUCUUGUUUAAACAAGUACCAAUGAGUUCAAGCACCAGCUUUAGGUAAGCUUUAAGGUUAGUGCCAAAUUCAGUCCUGGACAGUAACAAAUUAAACGGGGGAAAAUGGGCAUUGUCACAACGGUGUACCUCCAUCGCUGUUGUGAAUAGAAUCAUUAGGAUUGCAUUGGUAGGUGGAUAACCCUGUUUGGACAAAUUCUUCCUGGAACAAUGCAAAUGUUUCUGUUGUUAAUGACAGCUGGGCAUUUGAAAUCAGUGAAGCGGUGGUUUCGGUCUUGUAGGUUCAGAACAUCUGUAAAUAUCUUCUGGUUUGUUAAAUCUGAUCUCCGUGUGAAGGUGUUUUCAGAAGUUGUGAGGAGUACUGAAGUGUUGGAGAUAGGACAGUUUGGGCAGCUUACAGUUACGCGGUCCCUAAGCUUGUCUGGUACAGCCGCACAACCAAAGCGUGCUUCAGAAAUUGUUUUAUUUGUCGAGUGUGUGAGUUCUGUCUGAAUUGCUCUGGACUCCCCUAAGUUUGUGGACAUGAAAACAGUGCUGCUAAAUGAAGUGCCUGCUUUUGGGUCUUCUUUAUGUCUCUUGAUGUUGAAUCUUGAUUUUCCCGAAACAGUUUCCUGAGUGAUGCUAUAAAAUAAUCCCAUCUUGAAGAUCAAAUUUGCUCACUAAAUAAUUAAGACAACUGUUGAAACAGGUUUUGCAAAACUUGUCGACUGGUAGAGCUCCUGAAAGUCCUAUUAUAUGAAGAACCACUUCCCAUCUGUCCACCAUCUAGAGACACUUUUUGCAAGUCUGUUGUACAUAAUAAGAACACUUCCGAAGGAGUCGUCUUGUAAAGCCACUUUCAGAUCUCCUUGUACCUCUGUAAAGUGAUGGAGUUUUGAUGUGUAGUGGACACAGUGUGCUGUGACUGUUCUUCACAGUACUCACAGCUUUUGCUGCUAGGUCAUGCUUUUCUCUCUUGCUUUUUUCAAACUUAGGUACUGGAGGUUUUUCACCUUAUGUUACAUGAUCAUUUUGAGGAAGCAGAGAAUAUUCUGGUGACUGAGAACACUGGGAUCUUGGAUAUGCAGCUGAACCUAGUGCAGGUGCAUCGCCUGCUGCUGCUACUUCCCAUUAGUAAUUGCUCCCCAGAGCUCACUUUUUGCUUUGCUCUUUGGCAGGAUUGGUGUUCUGACAUACUGUAACAAAGUCCAUGUAUGUUAAUAACGUGCAGCUCUGUGAGCUGAUCAGCUAAUUGAACUCCUCCAGCUACUUUUUUUUUUUCCUGAGUGUUGUUCUUGUAUUAUGGUGAACAUGAAUGUUUUAUGAGAACAACUGUACUGCUUCAGACAAAGGCUUUGUCAAAUCCAGUACUUGUCUGCAUCAGCAUCUGUAAGUGAGCUGUUACAGAGGAACUGGGAAAGUACAUGUGAUACUUCUCCCAAAUUGCCCCCAGCCCCUCACUGUUUUCUGCCUAGGGGAUUUCCUUAGCCUGAUGUGUUUUGCCUUGUUGGAAACUUUCAAAGGAUCUCUCCUGUUCAAUUGCUUUUGAAGCUCAUCUGAAAAAAAAAUAUAUAUGUAUAUAUUCUGUAUCUUCAGUAUCUUUUGACAAGGAAUUCCUGAUCCCUGUUUUAUAAAGCUUUGUAUGUAGCUCAUGUUAACCAAAAACAAGCACAAAACCAAACAACGGUGCAUUGAGCAAUCCCUGUCCAUGAAGAGGCACGUCUGUUUUGAUAUUACAGGACCAAAGUUCUGUGCAGCUGUUGCAGAUAACACCCAGUGGGCAGCUAACAGCACGCAGCCGCUCACUCGCUUUCCCCCAGCAGGGUGGGGAAGAGGAUCAGAAUGGUAAAGCAAAAGCUGCAUGUGAAAGCAAAGCAAAAUAGUUUGCAACUUCCCACUGAAAAUGUGUGUCUCUCUGCCAUCUUUCCCCCAGCUUUUACUGCUGGGAACAACAUGUGGUAUGAGACAUCCCUGCAGCCAGCUGUGGCCAGCUGCCUUGGCCGUGUCCCUCCCAUCCUUUUUGCUGUCCUGUUCUCCUUGCUGGCAUGGCAGCCUGAGAAAGGGGAGGCAUUGACACGGUGUGAACACUGCUUGGUGAUAGCUUGGGCAUCCCUGUGUUAUCAAAUCUGGUUUGGUUGCAAAGCCAAAGCGCAGCAGGACAUGUUCUGCUCUGAAGAAAAAUAGUUCUAUCCAAUGCAAUCUUCACCCCACACUCUAUUCACACUACCCAAGGUGCUCUCAUUAAUCACCACCCCUCUUCCAACCUUUAAUUUAUACACAGAUGUUCCCUUUGUCUGUGGACUGCCCCUGUACAAUGUCCAUGAAGUGUCAGUGGAGUUCAUACAGCUCCUGGCUUGGCUUCUGCCUGUGUGUGGCAGUUAUUCAGAGCAGGAGGGCAGUGUGCUGCAUGGAUUUUAGGGCAGUGGAGGCAGCUCAUGUCAGGGCACUGCUGCACUGGCGCUGCUGCAUUUGGUGUUCAUCCUCCAUCAGUUUGGGUGGUUUCUGCCCUGGAAUCCCAGUAAGGAGCAGCUCAAAUCACAGAUUAUAAUUAAAGGUAUAUCCAUUAUGGCACUGUAUGCGUGUACAAUGAAACAGAUAACUUUGGGUUAGUCCUGCGGUUUGCUCUUUUGAUUGCUGCAGAGUCUAAGCUUGCAGUUUCAUGAAAUUGCUAACAUACUGCUUAGAAACUAGAUCCUGGGAUCAGCAGUGAGCUUUAGAACUCAUUGUUUUAUAUGAGGAACUUAGUAUUAAUAGCACAAAAUUACUAUUCCUGCCCUGUCUCAUUUCCAGUUUCUCUACACUGAAUUUUGUUUGCCUUUUCAUUGCUCAGUCACUUUGUUUUGUAAGCAUCUCCUGCAUUUUUUGAUUACUCUGUUCAGUGUCCCUGCUAGCUUGCUGUAAUUCAUUAGCUUCAGCACUAUGUCAUGUAUCCCACCUUCCAGGUCACUUAUGUGUUUGUUAAGUGAUAGAGGUCCUACAGAACUGUGCUCAUGACUUUCCCUGUGUUUUGGUUGUAUCUGUACUCUUAUUAUUUGCCAAGAAUCAUAGAAUGGCCUGGGUUGAAAAGGACCUCAAGGAUCAUCUAGUUUCAACCCCCCUGUUACGUGCAGGGUCACCAACCACUGGACCAGGCAGCCUGUUCCAGUGCGUCACCACCAUCUGAGUGAAGAAAAUGAGGCUUACAGGGUAGCUCUUGAAUUCUUUGAGUAAUUCCAUUAAGCUUUGAUGCCAGAUUAGCAGCUUCAGGUUUUCCUUUGGAUAAGCAUUAUUAAAAUAAGCAAGCAGAUUUUUCAAGAGAAGCAUCCCACAGUGACAGCCCCACGCUGUGUUCUGUCUCAGGUGGGUUCCCUCUUGGCUGAGUUACUGUAGAACCAGAGCAUAACAGCAGCAUGGGUAGACAUCAGACAACUGUAAAAUAUCAAUCUAUUGGAAACAAGCUUGUACGGCCCUUGCACAUCUGAUAAUGCUUCUUAAAAAGAGAAAAUCUGUGUCUAUUGGGAAGUUAAUUCACAGUGCUGCUUGUACGCUUCUUCCUUAAAGUGCUCCUUGCUUUGAUUCCUGACAGAUGUUUUAAUCUGUGUUUGCUAUAAUACAGCAAUGCUUCUGAAGCUCUGUGGCAGGAAUGGACUGAAAUGGAGUGGACGCAGAGGUUUGUUUGCAAUGCAGACAUGAUCAAUUUUUUUUUUGUUUUCCUGUAUUCAGUGCCUUAGUCAUGAGUCAAAUCUCUGCUCUGCUGUUCGUUGUACAACAACACCAAACAUCACCAACACAUGAAAAGAUUGUUCCUGCUCUGAGAACUAUAGGGCCAAAUUUCUUUGGCCGUCAAGGAAUGUGAUUAAAAAACAACUUCUUCUGAAUUCACAUGUCUUUUAAGUGCCAUGUGAAAUUUAUUAAGGACACAGAUGCCAUUGUUCUCUGCAGUCUAAAUAGGCUUUGUUCCGGGGCUGUGACAGUGCCCUCCCCACUGUGUGGCCCAUUGGUUUGCAUAUUAAGGAUUUGUUGAGGCUUUUCACUGAAAGAAGCAAAACAAAUAGUGGUAAAAUUGCUGAUUUUUCCAUAAUGCGUAAGAGAAAUUUUGGACUUUUAUUGCCAUCUGUGACUGUGCUUUUGAUCCUCAGUUUUCUGGGGGGGACCAAAAGAUACUAAUAUGAAUACUUUUUAUGUUACUGACCACACACAAUAACAUUUUCACUUCUGAUUUACAGUAAACAGGAUUCACUGGUUUUUGCUCCAUGCAGUUGUCAUGGAGAGGGGAGAUUGCUUGUUUGUUUUUAAUAAAACAACUCCGCAUAGAAGUGCUACUUCUAAAAGGUGUCCUGGCUAAAAAUGUGUGGACUUCUAUAUCCACAUUUAUAAGCAGUAAGAAUGCUGUGAUUGCUUUUUCAUGCAUUGAGAAAUUGUCUUAAGUCAUCAAAGAUUGUAGCAAAAAAGGCCCACACCUUUAGGAAAUGAGAACUUUUAAUUGUAAACUAUGUAAUAUCCCGACAUAUUUUACAGAAUAUUGGUGGAAAUGUUGUAUGAAACAGCACUGAAGACAACUGCUGUGUGACUGUGUUUCUUCCAGUUGUUAACAUACAGUGUUAGGCAGAAUGGUGCAUUGGAAGCACAGAUGCAGUGGUUAUCCCUUCUGGGAAUGGAAGGAAUGAAAUAGAUGGCAUCUGUAGCUUUAUGGAGGAACGUGCUUCUCUGCAGUAGGUGUACAGUAGUGUGUAAAGAGCAACUUGGUGGCUUGGGAGCCUUUAUUUGCAGAUCAUGCAAAGAAAUAAUUAUUAGCUUCCAAUUUCCUUCAAUAUAUAGAUCCUCUAAUUUUUGCUCCUUUGGAGUGUAGACUCCUAUGUUGUGAAUUUAAGCCUGCAGACAGCUUGAUUGCUUUUUGAGUUACCUUUUGAUAGUCUACAAGAAGCAGUCUGUUGUGCUUUAGUUUACCUACGAGGACAGUAAGAAAGGAUGUGGUUGGUGGUUGUUUUUUUUUAACUCGCCUAUUCCAAUGCUUUCUGCUGCUCUAAGUCUUGAUAUUGGGUAUAUCUGUAAGAAAUCAUGAAGUCUGUUUGCUUUUUUCAUGUAAAAAUAUUUGUUCAGAACCGUGUCAUGUGGACACAUAGUUUUCAUGUGCCUCUGGGUGCUGAUAAAACGUAGGUGUGGCAACCCUAGAUUAAUUCAAAGGGUUUUGUGGUUUGGCUUUGUUCACUUUUUUCCAAAAUUAGAAACAAUGAAAAAAGGUACUUUUCUUAAGUUCUUUAAAAAGCUUGUUUGUAUCAGAGGGAUUUACAGAGAAAAAAACUGACCCGGCACGAGCUUUCAGUCAGUUUGCUCUCUCUGCUGGUAGUCUGGUAAGAACGCUUACCCAUACUGGUGCUUUCUGGAUGGGUUUGUAUCAGUUUAAAUGAAGAGUGAUUUAAUUGCACCUUCCUUUUACUAUCUUCUUUGGUGAUCUUGGCAUACCUGUACUCUGUAAGCCUGCAGCCGUAUCUGUCACAAGAAGACAUUUGUGUGGUCCAAGACACGCUGAAUUAUCUCUAUGAGUUAGGUGUGACCAUAGCCAUACUCCAUUACACUGACAGGGAAGACUAAGGUGGUUUAAUCUUCAGAAAAGAUUUGCCAUGCAACAGCAGUGACAUACGGAGCUGGCGUGAACUGUUCCAGCUUCAGUUUCCAUACAACUGGGCCUCCUUCCUAUUUUUCACCAUAGAACACUGAAAACUGCUUUCCUGUAACUAUAUUCGAGCGUACUAAUAGUGAGUUGUUGUUUUUCACUAUUUUGGGUGAAAAGGAUGUCCAGUGAUUGUGGAGAGAAGUAUCUGUUACCAAGUAGCCUCAGUGGUAAAGUCGGAGUGUUUAUUUGCAUACUAUUGUAUCCUCUUGUCUUUAUAGGACACCUCGUAAUUUGACUGUAGUGCUUCUUAAUGGUCAUUGAUUAGUAUUACUAAAUCUGAAGGUUACUAGAAAGGAAAAAAUGUAGUUGGUUGUGGAGUAAGCAGAAAUUGUCUUGUAGGAAUUUCAUCUCAUGUUUUUGACUUUGGGAUUUGUAAUGAAUACAGUUUUCACAAACUAUUGAGAGAUGUGUGCGAUUUCUUAUUCGGAAAUUCUCACAAGGAGUGUCUGUCCAUCAUGUUUCAUAGCUGCAAAUGGAGAGUUCUUUCCAGCUUGGUAGUUAAAGUAACUAGCCUUGCUCUAAUUACUAAAGCUACGUAGUAGUCUCCUUGUUAAGAUUAGCUGUGACUAUUGUGAGGACAGAGAGGGUUUUUUUUAACAAGACAGUGUGAAAAAGAUAAUAGGAAGAGCUGAAAACUGAUUUGUCAAAGACUGUUAUCAUAGAAGUUGAGCUUCACAUCUUGCAGAAUGUCUUUUCUUUGAGUGACUUGUGUUAAUUUGGUAUGUAAAACCUCUGCGUAGUACUGGGAUAGGAAAAGACUCCUGUUUGUAUGGGAUUUUGUUCUCAAGAGUAAUGGAAAUACAUGCUUAGUGCUUCUUGUAAGGCAGCGUACUGGAGACUGUUGUAAAAUGUGAACUCGAAGACUUUGAGAGUUUUGUUUGGAUUUCCAGUUUUUGUGUUGUUUAUGUAUUUUAAAGAUACAGUGAAAUAAUAUUAAAAAGGGGAAUUUAAAUAUGAUAAUAAAAGUUUGACUAAAACAUCAUGGGAACAUCACUGCCACUUUGUCUUGUUUCUGAACUCCUCACUUUAACAAAAAAAAUGUGGAAGUGAAAUUUAGUUUUUCAGCAGUUAGGAGGAUAUGAACUGCUGAAGAGUUUGGACUUGUGAUUUUCAUUCAGAGUACAUCAGUCACAAUAUGCAACUUUACAUAAUCUCAUGAUGAAACGGCCUUUUGCAAAAUGUUUCUAUGUACUUUUCCUUCUGCUGUCAUAUGAGAGGCCACGUAAUAAAAACAUGCUACUGACAGAGCUUGAAUACUGAUGUGUUAUUUGCCUGCUGAAGUGAAGACUGCCAUUGGAGCAGUAGGGCAGCUUUAACUGUAGGGUAGGGCUUUGUCAACUCAGAUCAUGCUUUGGGUUCUUUUCCUGAUGAUGUUGCAAUUAAUUCAUUAAAAUUCUUGAGUAUACAGCUGUAUCUGAAUAGUAAUGCAAAGAAAGCUCCUAGAAGCUGUCGUCUUAAGUCAUAUAGACAUACAUCAAUAGCAAAGGCAUCUGUUCAUUUUGUUUGGCCACAAAACAUGCGCUCCCCACACAGCAUUGCUCAGGGUUAUAGUAAGGAAUGGCUGUUUGAGCGAGUUGGUCCUGUGCACCUUGCAGUAGGGUUGGGAUGAACCAGUUGAUACUGCUAGGUGCUUUCUUUGGUGCUUCCUUUCAGGGGAGGUAUAUUUCUUGCUUGGAUUUGAGCUUUGUUUUCUGCUGUCGAGCUGGAGAGGAGAAAACUUACACAGCUACCAGAUUGCUGUUUGGCUGAUUGGCGGGCUGGUCCAAAUGGCCUUUUUUGGACCUGCUUUGCUCUGGAUUAGAGGACAGAAAGACUGCAUGCAUGGGGCUUGCUUGUUCUGCACCUUACUUAUGCAUGAUUGGUUUGGCGUUGCAGGUGUUCUAAGUCUUAGGAUGAUUUGUCUAUUUUAGGAUAUGGUUUAGAGUGUAAGCUCACUAUGUUAAGAGUGGUGUAGUCAUCUGUGUGAGGAAGGUUAACUGUUGAUUAUUACACGAGUAGAUGAUGUUCUGCUCAGAUUUUUAUGUGGACAGGUUUUAGGUGAUAAAAUGCUGUGUUGGUCUGAGGCACGGCAAGAAGGGAAAUUAAAACAAAAAAUCACCAACAAAAACAACCAAACCUGACAAUAGCAACUAUUCAGCAAUAGGAUAUGCGAAGUAGUUCGUAGGUCUGGUGAAACUGCUGGCCAGAUUAAUUUUAUACAUUCAGUUUUUUAUGAACAGGACAGUUUUUUCUGCUAUAGAUGGAAGUCGCAGCAAAACAGUAGGAUUAUAUUAUCUUCUAGUGAUGCAAAAUGUGCAGUCAGUCUUAAUGUGAAUAAAUGUAAAUUUUUUUGAUUAAAAGAUCUCUUUUUGGCUGAUAGUAAAUAAAAUCUCCACCUUCUGUUAAAGUUAGGUCAGAUAUACGUUUCAAGCGAAGGGCUGGUGGUGAACUGCUUGAAAGAGUCUCUCUUCCUUCAUGAAAAAGUGAUUUUUCUGUCCUGCUGGGGACUUGCAUCUGGCCUCAAUGUGAAAUUAAGGUAGAAAAACACAUCUACAUAUGUGUUUGCUAUUAGGAUUUAGUUUAUUCACUGGUCAUGCCUGAAGAGUGAUGUUCGUCUCUAGACGGCUAACUGCCAGGAAAUAUAAAUGAUUGUCCUAGAAGUCAAGCCUCUCUCCUAUUUACUGGAGUGAAAAUCACCUCCAGAUAUCGACGGGAUAUCAACUACAGAAAAUGCUUCACGUUAUAAGGAUGCCAACCACCUAGAUUCAUGCGCCCUAUCUGUACAGUUGUUGUGGAUGGUUUGCCAUCAGAAAGCUCCUCAAGCUCUUAUCCAGGCCCUGUAUCUGUUUCUGAAAUGUCUCUGCUACAUGCUUUGGGUCCAGUGCAGACCUGGCUGGGACAAGAGCUAGAGAAGUGUGGCAUUGAUGCCAUGAUUUAUACUCGGUAUGUCCUCAGUCUUCUGCUGCAUGAUAGCUAUGACUACGACCUGCAGGAACAGGAGAAUGACAUCUUCCUGGGCUGGGAAAAAGGAGCUUACAAAAAAUGGGGAAAGAGUAAGAAAAAGUGUUCUGAUCUAACACUAGAGGAAAUGAAAAAACAGGCUGCUGUCCAGUGUCUUCGCUCUGCUUCUGAUGAAAGCUCUGGGAUUGAAACUUUAGUGGAGGAGCUUUGCUCCAAACUGAAAGACCUUCAGAGUAAGCAAGAGGAGAAGAUUCACAAAAAGUUAGAAGGCUCAUUGUCUCCUGAGGCUGAUUUAUCUCCCACAGCAAAGGAUCAAGUAGAAAUGUACUAUGAAGCAUUUCCUCCUCUAUCUGAAAAGCCAGUUUGCCUGCAGGAAAUUAUGACUGUAUGGAAUAAAUCCAAAGUAUGCUCUUACUCUAGCUCCUCAUCUUCAUCCACUGCUCCACCAACUAGCACAGAUACAUCUUCUCCAAAGGACUGCAAUAGUGAAAGUGAAGUAACUAAAGACAGAAGUAAUAAAGUACCUGCCGCUGUACACGAAAGAACCCAGCAGAAGAAAAGUAAAAAUGAGAAAGAAAACAAGUUUAGUAACAAUGCUGUUGAAGAUAAGCCUGUUUUGUAUAAAAAACAAGUCCGACAUAAGUCUGAGGGAAAGAUGCGUCCUCGCUCCUGGUCAUCUGGAUCCAGUGAGGCUGGCUCAAGUUCUAGUGGUAAUCAAGGUGAAUACAAGGCGUCGAUGAAAUGCAUUAAAGUAAGACACAAAACAAGAGAGGUUCGAAAUAAAAAAGGGCGUAAUGGGCAAAGCAGGCUUGCAGUGAAAUCUGGUGAAAAGGCCGAUAGAAAAGUCCACAGCGGAAGCAGUAGCAGCAGUAGCAGCGGGUCCGUCAAACAGCUGUGCAAAAGAGGUAAAAGGCCAUUAAAAGAAAUUGGAAGAAAAGAAGCUGGCGGUAAUGAUGGAAAAGAUUUGUACAUAGACAGCAGAAAUGAAAAGGAAUAUAAAGAAGAACCCUUGUGGUAUACUGGGCCGAUUACAGAGUACUUUGUUCCUCUUAGCAGAAAAAGCAAGCUGGAGACUACAUACCGCAACAGAGAAGAUAUAUGUGGCAUAACAUCAGAGGCUGUAGAAGAGUUGUCUGAAUCAGUGCAUGGUCUUUGUAUUAGCAACAAUAAUGUUCAUAAAACAUACCUCGCAGCAGGUACUUUCAUCGAUGGUCACUUUGUAGAAAUGCCUGCAGUUCUAAAUGAGGAUAUUGACCUCGCUGGGACCUCAGUUUGUUCUCAACCAGAGGACGACAAAUAUUUAGAUGAUGUUCAUCUGUCAGAACUAACACACUUCUAUGAAGUGGAUAUUGAUCAAUCCAUGUUGGAUCCUGGUGCCUCAGAUAUGAUGCAAGGGGAGAGUCGGAUUUUAAAUAUGAUUCGACAGAAGAGUAAAGAAAAAAAUGAUUUUGAGGCAGAAUGUUGCAUAGUGUUAGAUGGAAUGGAGUUGCAAGGGGAAAGUGCAAUAUGGACAGAUUCAACCAGCUCUGUUGGUGCUGAAGGGUGGUUCUUGCAAGACCUUAGUAAUUUAGCUCAAUUUUGGGAGUGCUGUUCAUCUUCUAGUUCUGGCGAUGCAGAUGGAGAAAGUUUUGGAGGAGAUUCUCCUAUCAGAUUCUCCCCCAUCUUAGACAGCACAAUGCUUAAUUCACAUAUGCUUGCUGGCAAUCAAGAGCUCUUUUCAGAUAUUAAUGAAGGGUCUGGUAUAAACUCUUGUUUUUCAGUGUUUGAAGUGCAAUGCAGUAACUCUGUUUUACCGUUUUCUUUUGAAACACUCAACUUGGGAAAUGAAAAUGCAGAUUCUAGUAGCACUGCUAAUAUUCUUGGGAAAACACAGUCUAGGUUGCUAAUAUGGACCAAAAAUAGUGCCUUCGAUGAAAAUGAACACUGUUCCAAUCUUUCAACAAGAACUUGUAGUCCAUGGUCACACUCAGAAGAAACACGUUCAGACAAUGAGACUUUAAAUAUUCCGUAUGAAGAAUCCACGCAAUUUAAUGCAGAAGAUAUUAAUUAUGUAGUUCCUAGAGUGUCUUCAGGUUAUGUAGAUGAAGAAAUUCUAGACUUUUUGCCAGAAGAAACCUGCCAGCAACAAGCUAGAACUUUAGGAGAAAUGCCCGCUUUGAUUUUCAAGAAAAAAUCUAAGCUAGAAUCUGUCUGUGGUAUUCAGCUAGAACAAAAAGCAGAAAGUAAAGACUUUGAAACUACACAGGGGUGUAGUGCAAGCAGUCCACAUGGAGAUGGCUACAGCUCAGGGGUUAUUAAAGAUAUUUGGACAAAUAUGCCAGACAGAAAUUCUGCAGCAAUGUUAGAAAUAGAAGGAAUAGAAGAUGAAUUGUUUUCAACUGAUGUAAAUAACUAUUGCUGCUGUUUGGAUACAGAAGCAAAAGUUGAAACCCUCCAGGAGCCCAAUAAAGCAGUGCAGAGAUCAGAGUAUCACCUUUGGGAAGGUCAAAAAGAGAAUUUAGAGAAGAGAGCGUUUGUCUCAAAUGAUUUAUCAAAAGUAGAUGGUGGUGACUAUACUACACCGUCGAAACCUUGGGAUGUUAACCAAGAUAAAGAAAACUCAUUUAUACUUGGUGGUGUGUAUGGGGAGCUGAAAACAUUUAAUAGUGAUGGAGAAUGGGCAGUGGUGCCACCUAGUCACUCAAAAGGGAGCUUAUUGCAAUGUGCAGCUUCUGAUGUAGUGACAAUUGCUGGUACAGAUGUUUUUAUGACUCCAGGUAAUAGCUUUGCCCCUGGUCAUAGGCAAUUAUGGAGGCCAUUUGUAUCAUUUGAACAGAGCGAUCAAUCAAAGAGUGGAGAUAAUGGAUUAAAUAAGGGUUUUUCUUUUAUCUUCCAUGAAGACUUACUGGGAGCUUGUGGUAACUUUCAAGUUGAAGAACCAGGGCUUGAAUACUCAUUCUCUUCCUUUGACCUGAACAAUCCAUUUUCUCAAGUUCUUCAUGUAGAGUGUUCAUUUGAGCCAGAAGGAAUUGCAUCUUUCAGCCCUAGUUUUAAACCUAAGUCAAUUCUGUGCUCUGAUUCAGACAGUGAGGUUUUACACCCCAGGAUAUGUGGUGUUGAUCGAACGCAAUACAGGGCUAUAAGGAUUUCUCCAAGGACUCACUUUCGCCCAAUUUCUGCAUCUGAACUUUCUCCAGGUGGUGGAAGUGAGUCAGAAUUUGAAUCAGAAAAGGAUGAGGGAAGUAUUGCUGUCCCUUCUCAAGUAGAUGUGUUUGAGGAUCCACAAGCAGAUCUCAAACCUCUGGAAGAAGAUGCAGAAAAAGAAGGGCAUUAUUAUGGAAAAUCAGAGCUCGAAUCUGGAAAAUUUCUUCCCAGAUUAAAAAAGUCUGGAAUGGAGAAGAGUGCACAAACAUCAUUGGAUUCCCAAGAAGAGUCCGCUGGGAUGUUACCAGUAGGAAACCAAGAUCCGUGUUUAGAAUGCAGUAUGAAAGAAUCCCUAGAUGGGAGGGUGAUGGAGAGCUCUAAAGUAAACUGCAGAAUAGUGGAGCCGCGAGAGGAGACUAGCAGGUUUUGCAGUUGUAAAGCAGGAUGCCAUUUCCCCAGUUAUGAAGAUAAUCCUGUUUCUUCAGGAGAGCUUGAAGAGUUUCCUGUAUUGAAUACUGAUCUGCAGAGAAUGAGUGGCAGCCAGGAAAAGCAGUGCUGGUGGGAAAAGGCGCUCUAUUCUCCCCUUUUUCCUGCGUCACAGUGUGAAGAGUGUUAUACAAAUGCCAAGGGAGAGAAUGGUGUGGGAGAAUUUGCAGAUGUAAAGGAAAUACCCAAUGAUGAUGAACAUCUUUUAGAUUUUAACAUGGUUUCUUCUGUUUAUGAAGCAAGGUGUGCAGAUGAUAUAAAUGCUGAGGCAAAACCAAACGGCUUCAGGAAGAAGAUCUACUCCAGUGACAGCUCCAGCUCUGAAGACACAGCUUCAGAAGGUGGCAGUGAAUGGGCUGAUCCGUGUGAGGAGGAGCUUUUUUCUCGAACUCAACUAUAAAAACUGCAGAGUAGGACGGAUGAUUUAAAAGUAACGUGAGGUGGAAAACUAUCCUUCUUGAGGGUCUGUAGCUCUAAAACAACAACUUGAGUUUCCUCUUCAGUUAAUGGAUUCAGAUGUGUAUUUAUCUUUCUCUUCUUGCUUAUUUUAUAGAUGAGGACACAGCUGUCCUGUUGAAGAUUUUUUUCACCCCCAAACUGUUAAAUUCUUGGCUAUUUGAACUAGACUAGAUUGUGUUGUUAAAUCAAGAAUGGAUGUGCAUGUGCUUGUCUUAGUAGUACCACUGCUUUUUUGCAUCUUAAUUGCAGUUAUUUUCAUUCGUAACUGUAGCCCUACCACUACUGCUAUCUUCUGAGCAUCGCAGUGUCUACAAGUACUUCUGCUAUUCAGAGACUUUAGCUUUUGGCACAUUAGGCUUUGUUCUUUAAGAACCGGGAGAUAAAUACUUAACACUGUAAUCUAUCAGUGCCUUUCUGAAUGCAGGAGAAAAGCAUGAAUGACUUGUCCGGUCUUCAUUCAGUAAAUCUCAUAACUUUGAAGUAGGAACAACAGGGUUGUGCUUUAGAGACUUACAGAAACUGUGUUUUCUAUCCUAUGAUUCCCUUUCUCCCCCCUCCCGCAAACCAACGCUGAGGUUACCAUGGUUUGUAUUUUUGCUAACUGGAGUAGCCAAGGAUUUUUUGUAGGUAUGGAGGCAAUGUGUUUUUUCUUUUUUCUUUUUUUUUUUUUUUGUCCUUUUUAGCAACUUGCCGACAUAGGGCAGUUUAAAAAGAAGUAACACCAAAAAUAAUAAACCACUGUGGUGAUGUGUGGAUCGUUUUGAAGUUUGUAACAAGUAAUGAGAAUGUUGUCUCGUUGCAAAUGAUGGCAUUCUUGUAACCUGCAAAAGCAUUCAAGACUGAAUUUGAGCCUGAAUGACUGAAACUAUCUAAAAUGCUCAGUGUGUUCAGUGUUUUAAAUGCAAAGGGUCAGUGCUUCACUUGAGAGAAAUCCUGUGGCUGCUGCAGUUAGCUGCUGUUGUGGCUGUAAUUUAGUAAAUCUCGUAGUUCAUUUUGUGUUUCUGAGAGAAUGUGUGGGGCAAGUUACGUGUGUGGUGGGUGGGGGUAGGGAAAGUGAUGAUUUACAACAUACAUGUGUGAUUGCAGUAGUGACUGUUGCUUUAUGUGACUUGCUUUUCAAUUUUAUUUUGUUAACUUAGAAAGUCAAUACAUUGUCAAGUUGCAUCUGUACAAAAGUAUCAACUCCUUGUGCUUUUAACACAUUAUGCAAAAUGUAUAAGCCAGGAGGAGCAAUAUUUGCAAAACUAAACGUUCUUAGUUUUCACCAACUCGUAGUUAAAAACCAACAACAAAGAACUAAUUAUACAGUAGCAGCAUGUCUAUAACAUCAGAAAGUGCAGAAAGUCCAAUACUGACUUGAAAAGCUUAACCAUUAAUUUUGACAGGCAAUAAACAUCAUGAGAACUAUAGCUGUUCGAAACGUGAGCUGAACUGGCUUUGAAAUAUGUUCUGUGCUAGAAAGGUUUUGUGAGUAACUGGGUUUUGUUGCCUUUAUUAAAUUGAUAACAUAUGAAUUGAAACGCGCGGUUAGAAAACCACGCCGUACUUUGUGCAACAUUUUAGUUGAGUUCCUUACCUGAAAUUGGCUCAGUUUGUCCUUACCCUGGGACUUUCUUUUGGUCCUCCUAUUGAGCUAUGUUUUGGGGUUUGUAUUCAUACAACAAAUCUUUUGACACUUUACAGUUUCUUUUCUUAAUUUAUUUGCAGACUUUGGAGAGAUUUUUAUAUAUUUUACUUUCUUCUGGAGCUUCCUUGAGAGCUUUUUAGCACCUGCACUGAGAAGUAGGUAACUGUAACAUGAAAGUAAACAAGAACUUUACACGUAUAUUCCUCAAAUCACUACAGUGAAGAAUGGAAUAGAACUUCAUUCAAGAACAAGAAAUGACCAAAUGGACAUAUUUCAAACACAAACUUCAGCUCAGUUAAUUUUGGCUGGAGCUGCUUCUUUGGUAAGAAAGGGCUCAAAAAUCACAAAGGUGUUGCUUAUAGUUACGUUGUGGUAUGUAAUAAUUCCAGCACCUUUGGAGAAAAUAAAAUCGUAUUUUGAGCUUGGGCAAUAACAAAUUGUCUGUACUCGUUUUCAUAGUUUACCGGCUAAAGCUCUAAAGCUUUCAGUGAGAAGUGAAGUGUGGUUUUUAGUUUUUCUGUAUGGAUAGAAACACAAACAAAACAACAACAAAAAGCAUUAAAGGUUGGCAUACGCUGAACCGCACUGUGGUAUGAAGCGCAUUGCAUAUCCAUAGCACUGAAGUAUCAGUUUUCCAUUCCUGGGCUGAAAUUUGUUUCUACUUUUUGCUUCAAGUGGUUGUAUUGUUCUGAUUUCACGUACACCAGAGUAACUGAUUUUGUUUUCUUGUGGAGUUACUUAACACCAAAUAAAAAUAUAAAAGGACAA